AUGCAAUUGACCACUCCAACAAGGUUUGCAUUUGAUAAGAGAGUGCAUUCUCCACCUAGUAUCGAAAGGGAGAAUAGUAAAUCAUCUCCUAGUAAAUUUUUAAGAAGUUUAUCAGGUAAAGCUUUCAGAAACAAAACUCCAAAUCUUAAACUAAAACAAAAUGAUACUUUCCAAAUACCAAAUACUGUUACACCUAGUUCUACUUUAAGAAUGUCAAAAAGGCAAAAUGUUCCCAAACCUUUGGACCUCUCUAAACCAUUAUCUCCUCCACCAAGUCUACAAAAAUCAACGUCAAUAUCAUCAUUAUCAUCAUCGAAUCAGAAAAAGAAUUCAAGAGCAUCUCUAGAUUUCUCUCUUGAUUCAUUGAAUUCACCAGUAAAUAUUUUUCCUUCAAGAUAUCCAAAAAAUUUAACUUCUUCAUUAUUAAGAGAAACAAUAUCAGCAAAUUCAACACUAAAUACUAAUGAUAACAUUGUAAUUUGUACAGAUACCAAUGAAGAUCCAUAUUUAGAAGAAGAUUCUCCAACAUAUUUAUCAAGUUUGAGACGUAAUGUUAAAACCACGAAUUCUGGACCAAAGAAAUAUAUUGGAGAGAAAUGUUCCAUGUGUGAAGAAAUGAUUAAUUAUACAUUCCAAGGUGAGAAAGUCUUAGAAUUAACUUGUAAUCAUAUUAGUCAUUAUGAAUGUUAUUUAACCAUUUUGGAUUCUAUAUAUUUUAAUGAAAAAUUCCCUGAUUGUAAAAUUUGUCAUAAGAUGGUGAAACCAAAGGAUGAUGAACUGUUACAAGAAAUGGGGUCUAAAAUAUUAACAGGAUUGGAUUCGAAUCAACAUAAAAUGGACAAUGAUAUCACCAUGAAUAUAGAAACUGGAAUUGGACCCACUCAAGAACAAUGGUUAAAUUUGAAUUCUGCAAGGGGAGGUUCUGGAUCAUUUGGGAUACCACAAUUUACACCUCGAGAUCAAGUUAUUCAUACAGCUGAUAUAUCUUCAAAUGGGUUUAGAACUCCCUUACUAUCUUCCACAAAUGAUGCUGUGUUUUCGAGACAUCCAGUUCAAAACACUGAGUUAUUUAACCAUACAUUGGAAGACGAACAGAGGCAGGACAUUGAUAAUGGGCUUGAUUAUGAAUUGAAUAUAUUCUUGGCCCCUGAUGAUAUAAAGAUGGAUUGUACAAAUAAGGGUCACCAAGAAUUUAACCCCGAGGAUGAAGUAGAGUUAAGAAACAGGAUCAACCAAUAUUUUGAAAGUAAAGAAUGUGGUUCCAUAAUUAUGAUAAGAAGAGUAAAAUAUUCAACAGAUGGUGAACAAUGGACUGACUCAAUAAUAUAUUUUUAUGAGAAUUAUAUUUUACUGUUUGAUUGUAAUUUUGCACAUAAUGAUUUGAUUGAAAAGAAACUUUUAGGAAAGAUACCAAUGGACCAGUUGUAUAAAGUGACAGAGUUCAAUUCGAACGAACUUUUAUUGGAUUUGAAAAGUACUGUAUUACCUGAGGUUUAUUUACAGUUUCCAUCAGUUUUCAGUGAAACGCUAAGUUCCAAGUGGAAGUAUUAUUUGGAGAAAAUUAAUAAUUGUGAUGUUAAACCAAUUGAAGAAGGGUGUUUCCCAACUUUAAAUCAGUUAACUGUUACUGCAUGGGAUAUUAUACCAAUAAGUUUUAUUGAGAAAAUAAAUCAAUUGUACAGUGCUGAUCAAAUUAGUAAACCAUGGGAAAUAAUAAAUAGAAAUGUUCCUUUAGAGGUUAUUAUUUGUUUGAACCUCUCUUGUGCUAUUGAAGAUGAGCAAGAUAAGUAUCAACUGUUCUUGCGGGAAGCAUUGGCGACUAUACGAUCCAAUUUGAAUAAAGAAGACAAAUUUGGUUUAGUUUUAGUUGGUAAAGAUGGUAGUGGUAAUAUAGGAGAAUAUGGAACAUUUAUUGGUACUAUUGAGAAUGAGUGGGAUGGAUGGGAUGAUAUUAUUGAUAAUAUGACGAUUAUAAAAAAAGAAGUUUUCAUUGAUUCUUCCAAAGAAUUAUUGAAGAUGUUAGAAGCGGGUUGUAAGAUAGCAUGUACCUCCGAUAAUAAUAUUCCAGAAGAUGGUGGUGAACAAAAGGUUGUGAAACAAAUGAUUAUUUUACGAUCAUCAAAUGAAGAACCCAUUUUUGAAAAUGAGAAAGAGACAAAAAAGUUGAAAAGAUUUGAAGAUCAAAUACGAAAAGAUUACCAAUUCAAUAUUUUAACGAUAUCCGUUGAUGAUAUAGCAAAUGAUUAUACUGCCAAGUUUGAGAGUAUUAUCAAUGAAUUACAUAGAAGUUUGGCCUGA